GCGCGGCAGCGGCCUGACCCAGCGACGGAGCCUGCCCGACGCCCGCCUCGGUAACCCCCCGGAUCCUUCGCCGCGAUGGGCUCCCUGCUCAGCCGCCGCAUCGCCGGCGUGGAGGACAUCGACAUCCAGGCCAACUCGGCCUACCGCUACCCGCCCAAGUCCGGGAACUAUUUUGCCAGCCAUUUCUUCAUGGGAGGAGAGAAGUUUGACACGCCACAUCCGGAGGGGUACCUCUUUGGGGAGAACAUGGACCUGAACUUCUUGGGCAACCGACCAGUCCAAUUUCCCUAUGUGACCCCUGCGCCUCACGAACCAGUGAAGACGCUGCGGAGCUUGGUGAAUAUCCGCAAAGACUCCGUUCGCCUGGUCAGGUACAAGGAGGAUGCGGACAGCCCCACGGAGGAGAGCGGGAAGCAGAGGGCCUCCUACAGCCUGGAGUUCACCUUCGACGCUGAUGCCCGGGUGGCCAUCACCAUCUACUGCCAAGCAACGGAGGAGUUUGUGAGCGGCAUGGCCGUCUACAGCACCAAGAACCCCUCCCUGCAGUCGGAGACGGUUCACUACAAGCGUGGGGUCAGCCAGCAGUUCUCCCUGCCGUCCUUCAAGAUCGACUUCUCCGACUGGAAGGAGGACGAGCUGAACUUCGACCUGGACCGGGGCAUCUUCCCUGUGGUCAUCCAGGCCGUGGUGGAUGAAGGUGAUGUGGUGGUGGAAGUGACUGGCCACGCCCACAUCCUCCUGGCUGCCUUUGAGAAGCACGUCGAUGGCAGUUUCUCUGUGAAGCCCUUGAAGCAGAAGCAGAUUGUGGACCGGGUCAGCUACCUGCUCCAGGAGAUCUACGGCAUCGAGAACAAGAAUAACCAGGAAACGAAGCCCUGCGACGACGAGAACAGCGACAACAGCAACGAGUGCGUGGUGUGCCUCUCCGACCUGCGGGACACCCUCAUCUUGCCUUGCAGGCACCUCUGCCUCUGCAACUCCUGCGCCGACACCCUGCGCUACCAGGCCAACAACUGCCCCAUCUGCCGCCUUCCCUUCCGAGCCCUGCUGCAGAUCCGGGCGGUGAGGAAGAAGCCGGGGGCCCUCUCCCCCAUCUCCUUCAGCCCCGUCUUGGCACAGACCCUGGACCACGACGAGCACUCGUGUUCGGACAACAUCCCUCGCUACGAGCCCAUCUCCCUGCUGGAAGCCCUGAACGGCCUGCGCUCCGUCUCCCCCUCCCUCCCGUCGGCUCCCCUCUACGACGAGAUCACCUACACGGGGGUCCUGGACGGGCUUCCCCCACCUGGGAGGCCCCUCGUGGGGCUUGACCGGGCCCUGGAGAGCAGCCAUCAGAAGAGCAAGCGCAGCAAGUCGCCCGACAGCACUCUCCGGUCGCCGUCUUCCCCGAUCCACGAAGAAGAUGAGGAGAAGCUCUCGGAGGAUUCAGAGCUGCAGCCACUGCCCCCCGGGGGGACAGAACUCGUCCUGCAGGAGAGCCGCCUGCCAGAGAGCCUGGCAGCGGAAGCGGCAGAGGAGGCGGCCUCGCCCCAGCAAGGUGGUGCGCUUCCCUCGGGCGAGGACAUCCUGCAGGAGAGCCCCAGGGCCUGCGAGGCCAGUGCCCUUCCCAAGCUGCUGGAGACGGAGUUGCCGGCUGACGGCUUCCUGCCAGUAGCUACCGAUCACAACGAUGGCUCGUGA